CACAACAUCACGACCUGCAUCAAUAACCGUCAUGGGUAAAUCACAGACGAUCUUUGGAGGCGAGCAGGGCUGGGAUGCGAAAGACUGGACAUCUAGCGACGAUAGAGUGCGAGGCGGAAAGUCACAGUCCUACCUAGAUAUAAAAGGAUCGACAGCCUGCUUCCACGGCAACCUCGACAUCAAGACCCUGGGCGGCGCCGGCUUUGCCAGCCAACGCACAACUGGUGAUGACCGCUCUUGGGACCUGUCUGCCUAUGAUGGAAUCCACUUGGACGUCAGCAAGGAGGAUAGCAAACGUUACACAUUCGUUCUAAAAGACGAGAUUCUACCUCCCAUGGACGACGGCCGUGAGCAGUCAACCAUCAGCUACGAGUACGACUUCAGCGCAGCUGGCAACUACUCAGUCUUUGUCUCCUGGAGCGAGUUAAAGCCAACGUACCGCGGCAAGGAGAAGGAAGACGCGCCACCACUGAACACGACGAGUGUCAAAAGAUGGAGUUUCAUGAUGAGAAGCUUCUUUGGCAACCAAGACGGCGAUUUUUCAGUGGAGAUCAAGUCGGUAAAAGCUGUGUCGCGGCCAGACGACCUCGAGGCAGGUUUCACAAGUGAGAAAAGCGACUACAAUGCAGUCGAGAAGAAGGAGCCCUGGUCGUGGAAGAACUCCAGGAUCGUCGGACUUGCACUCAUCUUCUCCACGACUUGGGCCAUCUGUACGGGUGUUUGCUGGUACAAGGGCCUUGAUAUAAGUAUGAUGACGCCUAGGAACUGGUGGAGGAUGGCGAAGUACGACCGUCUACCUUGAGAUGCGGACUCCUCGGCAGAACAACAAACUCUGUCGCUAAUCUUGCAAGUGUUACAAUAAGACCUUCCUCUCUCGA